GUUCGAGCGGAACCAAUGUUGCAGGUGCGAGCCGCAAAGAAACACUGUAAACAUUACGGAGCCGUCACUUUUUAAAGUAACGGGAAAGUCCAAACAAGUGAUUAAGAUGGGUGAGGUGUCAGCAGACGCUGUCACCCUGGACCUGCUGAGAGAAGCCAGGGAGACUGUGAGAAGCAGCCCCCUGGGUGUCAUCAACACUCCCAUGAUCCCCUGGUGCCAGACUACCCUACCCCUCGACAUCCACUGCAACAUCCACAUCAAACUGGAGAACAUGCAGCGAACCGGGUCGUUCAAGAUCAGAGGAGUGGCCAACCAGUUUGCAAAGAGACCAAAGGGGGGGCAUUUUGUCACCAUGUCUGCUGGGAACUACGGGAAGUCUUUUGCGUACGCCUCUAAACACUAUGGGUCAAAGGGCAAAGUGGUGAUGCCUGAGACGGCCCCUGUGUCCAGAUCCGUCCUUAUACAGAGUUUCGGGGUGGAGGUGGAACGAGUUCCCACCUCCUGUCUAAUGAAUGUGGUGAACCGCUGCGUUCAGGAGGAUGAAAGGACCUUCCUGCACUCCUACGAUGACCUGGAUCUAAUAGCAGGACACGCCAGUCUGGGUAUGGAGGUGCUGGAGUUGAUGCCCGAACCUGAUGUGGUGGUGGUGUGCUGUGGUGGAGGGGGGCUACUGGCCGGUGUAGCCGCUGCCAUCAAACUGUCAGGCUGUGAUAAGACCAGAAUCUAUGGUGUGGAACCAGAUGGAGCCUGCACCAUGUACAGAAGUUUCCUUGAGAAGAAGCCAGUGGGCAUGGACACCAAGAGCAUCGCCUCAGGACUUGCACCACCUUUUGCAGGCACACUGCCCUUCGAGUUGUGUCAGCGUUACGUGGAGGGGAUUGUCCUCAUAAAUGAUGAAGAGAUCAAGGCGGCCGUGUCCACCCUCUUCAGGUCUGGCCUUGUGGUGGAGCCGUCGGGCUGCGCUGCGUUCGCUGCCAUCGUUAGCGGCAAGAUACCGGAGCUGGAGGGGAAGAACGUGGUGUGCAUCCUCAGCGGAGGGAACAUUGGAAAGGACGAGCUCGCUAACUUCCCAGGCUGACAAAAGUACACUACUAAAAUGUGACUUUUGAUAUUUUUAACACACUGUGAAAAUGCAAAAAAAGAUUCAGGUCUUCCGAUGUGGAAAGAAUUUCAGUGCCGUUUUGUCUAUAAAUGUAAUAAGUGAGUUUCUGUUGCAACAGCGGAAGCAGACAUGAAUCAUGAUGAAAUUAGUUUUGAAUUUCUAUGGACCAUAAUGUGAAUUUUUACUUAUUUUCUAUAGCCAAACUCUCUUGAUGAGCAUUUCAAGUGUCAUAAUCUC